GUUGUCAAAUAUUGCCGUGUUAAACUGUCAUUGGCGAAAUACUUUUGUAUGAAAUUCAAGCAGAUAUUGAAUUUUUAAGAAUUUUGAAUAAAAAAUUUAGAAUAGAAACGAAAAAGGAUGUCUAAUAGACUGAAAUAGUGGACUUUUUUUUAAUCUAUUCAAUAAAUUUACGUUUAAGUGUACAAGUUUAUUUAGUUACAAUGAAUACCGCCGGUUUAAGAAUUUUUUUAUUUGUAAUAGCUCACAUGUUUAUUAUUUGUGCCGGAGACAAUGAUGCUUCUACAAGAAAUGAGAAGAAAUCUAAAGGGGUAACUACCUUUGUGAGCGCAAAAUGGGAAGCAACACCACUGGUUUUAGAAUUGGCAGAGUACAUGUCAGCUGAAAGUUCUGAUUUGUUCUGGUCCUUUUUUGAUGGAAUUAUUUCACUUAAGACCAGUUUAAGUGAUCUGGAGACUGAUAAACAAGUGUAUGAUGCAUGUAUUGGUGUAGCAAGCACGUUACUGGCCCCUGCACAGCUGCGCAUGGCCAAGCUAGCUCUGUCCAUGCAUCUAACAUCUCCCACAGUGAGGAUGUUUGACCAGAUUGCCACACAGAAUGGGGCAAAAGAAUUAGACUGUGACAGUUUUGUUUCUAUUGCAUCAAGGAAAGUUUGUGAUAAUGAUGCUUUAAGGGAUGUGUUAAAAUCUUUACAACAAUAUAAUCCUGAAGAACAUAAAUUGGAAACUUAUCUACUGGAUCAUUCAUUUCCAACAAGUGACAAUAAGAGUUUAACUGCAAUAUUGUAUGGAGAACUUGGCACAUCAGACUUUGCAGGAAAACAUAAGAUACUGGCAGGGUAUGCUGAUAAAGGAUUAAUCAACUAUGUAGUGAGAUGGAAUGUGAAAUCUAGAGGCAAACCUAAAUUACGUUUGUCUGGGUAUGGUGUUGAGUUGCAAUUAAAAAGUACUGAAUACAAGAGUCAGGAUGACUCUACACCUAAAGAAGCAGAUGGCGAUGAUGCCGCAACGCCUUCUGAAGAAGAAGAUGAGAAUGACCCACAGAACCAAAUAGAUGGAUUUAAUUUUGGGAAGCUAAAAAACCUGUUUCCUGCUCUACGCACGCCCUUAGAACGGUUCCGACGUCAUUUGUCUGAAAUGAGCGAGGAGUUGGCUCCGCUCAAAGUGUGGCAAAUGCAGGGCCUGAGUAUGCAAGCUGCUGCUGCGGUGAUCGACGCGCACGACUCUGGUGGAGAUGAGGCGCUUAAAGUUCUCACUUCUAUUGCUCAAAAUUUUCCCAUGCAGACAAAAUCUCUGAUCCACGUGAACGUCCCCCGAUCGUUCCGCGAUGAGGUUCUAUACAACCAGGACAUAUGGGCGUCUUCGCUGGGGCUGCGGCCCGCGGAGCCUUUGCUACUUGUAUCCGGCGCACAAUACGACGCGGAGGAGGUCGACGUUAUGGCGCUGCUCGCUGCUCUCAGAGAGGAUAUCGGCCCUAUUAACACAUUGCAUGCUCUUGGUCUAUCAAAGAAGUUCAUUAACAAACUGAUGUCGCUUGAGGUGGGAGAGUCUUUCACCUGGGAGGAGUACGGGCUGGACAUCCGAGACACAGCCAUCACAUGGCUCAAUGACCUGGAGGUGGAUGAGCGGUACCGUCGCUGGCCUUCCUCUUUCAUGGACUUGUUGCGACCGACAUACCCCGGCAUGCUUAGGAAUAUGAGGAGAAAUAUUUACAAUUAUGUGAUAAUAGUUGACCCAACAUCACCCGCCUCGGGUCCGCCGCUGAAACUGGGGGAGACAUUGCUGAAGCACGCCACCCCAGUACGAGUUGGUCUGGUGCUAGCGCCGGGCAGCAGUGACCCGUUGCUCGGGGCGGCCAUACGCAGCGCAUUCAACUACAUAGCUCAAGAUCGAAACUCUAAUAAAGAGGCCUUCUAUUUUCUUAAUCAACUUCAUUCCAAUCAAGAGGAGUCAGUAACUUUGGAGACUGUUAAAAAACAUUUAAAGAAAUACACUAGUUCCAAUGUUGACUUGGACGAAAUUAUAUCUGAAGACUCGGAGUAUAACUUUGGUAACCAAUUGGCUGAAGAAUUCGUCGCCAAAGUCGGAACUAAUAAAUAUCCUCUGGUUCUCAUAAACGGUGUACCGCUGUGGGACGACAGUGCGUCACCGGUUACCUCAUCCGUGGAACUGCUGGAGGAGGCGUUGGUGACGGCUUUGGCGCGACACACGGGCAGGCUGCAGCGAGCGGUGUUCCGCGGUGAACUGUCUGACACCGACGACGCUGUCGACUAUCUCAUGAAGCAAGCGCAUAUAAUGCCCAGGUUAAAUCGCCGAGUACUUGCCUCAGAACCGUCUCAAUACUUGGAUUUGUCCGGAGCUCCAUCCUCGGUGGAAUUAUUUACGGAGGAAAGAGUUCAUCGUCUUCUACAUUUAACUGGUCGAGAUGCAUUGGCGACAGCACUGCCAAUCUUGAAAUAUUUUACAAGACCUGGCAAGCCAGAGAAAAUCACUCAGACUAUUUGGGUAGCUGGCGAUUUGAACGUCAAGGAAUCUAGAGAUUUGUUGCGUAAUGCUUUGACUUUCAUGAGAGAAUCAGGCGGUGUGCGUGUAGCCUUUAUACCAAAUGUAGAUGGCACAUCGAGCUUGGAUCAAUCAUUGAACAAAGUAGUACUGGCUGCACUAACUACGUUGGAAUCUGUUAAAGCCACCAAAUAUGUGACGCAACUACUUGAAAACGAAGGCUGCCACGAGAGACAGGACUGUGACAUCAUGCCCGAAUUGGUGCCGGCGCUAAACAAAUACGCGUGGGUGUUGAAAGCGUCCCGCGUACUGUGCGCACGCAGUUUGCGUCUGCGUGCGGGCGAGCGCGCCGUAGUACACAACUCGCGGAUCAUCGGACCCUUCGCUCAGGAAGAAGGGUUCUCCCUAGAGGACUUUGUGCUACUGGAAAGGUACAGCAACCAAGUUUAUGGUGAUAAAUUGUCUGAAGUUUUUAUCAAGAAGAAGACGUCCAGCAAUGAAGUACUAGAUGACGACGAUGACGACACGGUGGAGUUAUCGACGGAGAACUACAUGAAAGUGAUAUCGGUGCUAGCGGCGCGCAGCCCGCGCGUGCGCACGCCGCUGCCCGCCGGCCUGCGCACCGAGCACUCCGUCAUCGAGUUGCCGCCCCUCUACGAAGACGAAGCUGCAGUCGAGAUCGUGGCGGUGGUGGACCCGGCGUCGACCCCCGCGCAGCGCCUGGCGCCGCUGCUGCUGGUGCUGCGACGCGUGGUCAACUGCCGCCUGCAGCUGUUCCUCAACCCGCAGGACAAGAACUCCGAUAUGCCGCUCAAGAGCUUCUACCGCUACGUGCUGGAGCCCGAGCUACAGUUCAACGCCAACGGUGCGCAGACGGCGGGUGCGAUCGCUCGCUUCUCGCGCCUGCCGCACGCGCCGCUGCUGUCGCUGGAGCUGCGCACGCCCACCAACUGGCUCGUCGAGUGCGUCAAGUCUGUCUACGACCUGGACAACAUACGCUUGGCUGACGUCGACUCUCUGGUGCACAGCGAAUUCGAGCUCGAAUACCUAUUGCUGGAAGGCCACGCGUGGGACUCGACACUCAGCACUCCGCCGCGAGGUCUGCAGCUGGUGCUCGGCACUCGCGACAAGCCGGAGACCAUGGACACCAUAGUGAUGGCCAACCUCGGCUACUUCCAGCUCAAAGCCAACCCCGGCGCCUGGAUAAUGCGACUGAGGCCCGGGCGCUCUGAUGAUAUUUAUGAGAUUCUUGGUCACGAGAACACAGACACGCCGGCGGGCAGCGCCGACAUCCAGGUGCUGAUGAGCUCGUUCCGCAGCCACGUGAUCAAGCUGCGCGUCAGCAAGAAGCCGGACCAGCAGCACCUCGACCUGCUCGUUGAGAACGACGAGAAGAACACUGGCGGUAUCUGGAACUCUAUUGCAAGCUCGUUCGGUGGUGGCGAAGAGGCGGAGGCUCAGGACGAAACCAUCAACGUGUUCUCGGUGGCGUCGGGCCAUCUGUACGAGCGCUUCCUGCGCAUCAUGAUGCUGUCGGUGCUGAAGCACACCAAGUCGCCCGUCAAGUUCUGGUUCCUGAAGAACUAUCUCAGCCCCUCGCUCAAGGACAUCCUGCCGUACAUGGCGCAAGAGUACGGGUUCUCGUACGAGCUGGUGCAGUACCAGUGGCCGCGCUGGCUGCAGCGGCAGCGCGACCGCCAGCGCACCAUCUGGGGGUACAAGAUACUGUUCCUGGACGUGCUGUUCCCGCUGCACGUCAAGAAGAUCAUCUUCGUUGACGCUGACCAGAUCGUACGUGCAGAUUUGAAAGAAUUGGUUGAUUUAGACUUGGGCGGAGCUCCCUAUGGUUAUACACCUUUCUGCGAGAGUAGAAAGGAAAUGGAGGGUUUCAGGUUCUGGAAGCAAGGCUACUGGCGGAAUCACCUGCAAGGCCGCAGCUACCACAUCAGCGCCCUCUACGUGGUGGACCUCAAACGGUUCCGACGCAUCGCGGCCGGCGACCGUCUGCGCGGACAGUACCAGGCGCUCAGUCAGGACCCCAACAGCUUAUCCAAUUUAGAUCAGGACUUACCUAACAACAUGAUCCACCAGGUGGCCAUCAAGUCUCUGCCGCAGGAGUGGCUGUGGUGCGAGACCUGGUGCGACGACAAGUCCAAGCAGUACGCCAAGACUAUUGAUUUGUGCAACAACCCCAUGACCAAGGAGGCGAAGUUGUCGGCGGCGAUGCGCAUCGUGCCCGAGUGGCAAACAUACGACGACGAGAUAAAGGCGCUGCAGGCGCGCGUGCGGCGCGGACUGUACCAGCACGCAGAUCACGAACAGGAAAUCGAAAACAUGGAUCCGGAAGAUGUCGCUGUUGAGCAGAGUGCGUCAGAUAAAGACCAUGAACACACCGAGUUAUGAUGCAAUUUUGUUGUUUGAUGUAAUAGAAUUUUUUGUUAUUCCAAUUUUGGUAUUGUAUGUUAAUAAGUGAGUGUAAUGCGAUGCUAGUGAAAAGAUAGAAAUCGAUUGAAUGAUCAUACAAGUGUUUUAAUGUGAAUAGGCUCUAUGUGCGGUCUCCGCAAUAUCUAUAAGGAAUAAUUUGUCAUGAUUCAAUAACACACUUUUUAGAUUUAUCCAUGAAAAACAUGUAAGCAAAAUGUGUUUCAAAUGUACGUUUUUCUUGACAAAAUGUGUGUUUACAUUUAAUUUUUUAUUUUUAUUGUUUGAAUUUAUAAUCUAUCUAUAGUCAUUGUUGUCGCCACUUGCACUAUUCUAGAAACAUGACGCAUUUUGUGAGUUUUUCUCAUAAACAAUUAAUUAUUAUCUUUUGAUGUCGGCUACAUACAUAUCAUUAAGUUAAUAAAGGUUUCUGUGUGGCUACUGCUCCAUUAUAAAAGUUCAAUUGAUAUGUAUCUAAAAUUAAUUUAAACGUUAUAUUCUAUUAUAGAUAUUAUUGGGACCCUUCUUAUGGAUUGUUAGCAGUUUAGAUACUUGUAAAUAUUAACUUGUGCAAAUACAUUCGUUGUAAAGAAAACUUGUGUAGAACUUUAGUAUUACUCCCAGUGUUAUGGACCAAGAUUUGUUUUUAUUUUUUGGCGCUUCAGUUCUGUGAUGUGAUCGUUUUACGUGUCUCCAGACAUGUCAUACUUAGAAAAGUGCCGUCAAUUAUAAGUAUUCAGAAUGUUAGAAAAAACAUUAACAAUUAGACGAUUUAGAGACAUUUUUGGAACAAUAAUUAAAAAUUUUGAAAUACUCUGUCAAUUGAUCAACAGUUUGAUUUUGCUGGACUAAAAGUUCUACAAGUCCAUAGUUGAAAUCCUGUCUUUCUUGACAGGAACUCAAAAGGCUUCGCUUUUUUUAUCGAUUAGUUGCCCAGAAAAAGACAUAGUUAUUAAAAAAAAAUAUCUGACGGCACAUAAACUAUGUUAUGACUGGAUGCACCAUAACGUGAUGGAUACGUAAUACAGAGCACUGUAUAAUGGGAUGUGAAUAAAGCCAUUAUAAAAUUUCUCUCUAUAUCCAUAUUUUCACCAAAAUCAUGUUGUACAAUUUUAAUUUUAAGCUUGAACAAUAGUGUGCUUUUUGAUAAAAUUACGUCAUAAAUUACAGUUAAAUACAUGGACGUAAUGUUAUGGUGGUCUUUUUACUCAAAAGUGUUGUACCUCGAAUGGAUCUCAAAACCCCCAGAGUUUGGAGGUAUACCACAUCAGUAAAUAUCACUCGUCAAAAUUACACCUGCUAGUCGCCAUAAAAAUGUUAAUUUCAUGUUGUAAUAAGUAAUUCACAGGUUACAUUUUGAAAUACAGUAAUAAAUGCGUCUGAUCGAUAAA